AUGCAUAAGGCAAGGUAUGAGGGCCGCAAGAACUCGGGCGCCGAGCCGGGCGGCGGCAGGGCCGGCGGCGCCGCCCCGAAGGACAGCCGGCUGUCUCGGGACAGCCUGCAGGGGCUGAUUCAGGCCGCCGCGGGCAAGAGCCGCAAGAACUCCCGCACCGCCGAAGACGAGCCGCACCGGGCUGCGGCCAAGAGCUCGGGCUGCAGCACCUACAUCAACAGGCUCAUCAAGGUGGACACUCAGGAGAAGAAUGGGAAGAGCAGCUACCCCGGCGGCGGCAGCAGCAGCAGCAGCAGCAGCUCCUCUUCCUCCGCGUCUUCCUCCCCUUCCUCCCUGGGCCCUGAACUGGACAAGGGCAAGAUUAUUAAGCAGCAAGACACGGUCAUCAUUUUAGAAGACUAUGCUGACCCGUAUGAUGCCAAACGGACAAAAGGUCAAAGGGAUGCAGAGAGAGUAGGCGAGAACGACGGCUACAUGGAGCCCUAUGAUGCACAGCAGAUGAUAACAGAAAUUAGACGCCGAGGUUCCAAAGAUCCGCUGGUGAAGGCCCUCCAGCUGCUCGACAGCCCCUGCGAGCCGGCGGAGCCGGGCGCGAAAGCGGAGGCGCUGGCCCGCAGGCGGGGCUCCAAGGACCUGCUGGGGAAGCCGCCGCAGCUCUACGACACGCCCUACGAGCCGGCCGACGCGGGCCCCGAGCGCAAGGCUUUACCUGGGUCACCUCUGUGUCCUCUGAUAUUAAAUGGAGCCUUCCUUCCAGUUCAGUUUGAAGGCUCUGAGAAACCUUCCACGAAGGAGGAGACAGUGAGACAGCACCACCGACAGAAGAGCUGGACCCAGAAGAUCUUGAAGCCAACCCUCUCUGACCACAGUGAGGGGGAAAGAGUGGACCCAGCCCUGCCGCUGGAGAAGCAGCCUUGGUAUCAUGGUGCCAUCACCCGUGCUGAGGCUGAGAGUCGACUACAACCCUGCAAAGAAGCUGGUUACCUGGUUCGAAAUAGCGAGUCAGGGACCAGUAGGUAUUCCAUUGCACUAAAGACUAGUCAAGGAUGUGUCCACAUCAUAGUGGCUCAGACCAAAGACAACAAGUACACACUGAACCAGACAAGUGCAGUCUUUGACAGCAUCCCUGAAGUGGUACACUAUUAUUCCAACGAGAAGUUGCCUUUCAAGGGGGCAGAACACAUGACCUUACUCUACCCUGUGCACAACAAGCUGCACUAAGGUUCAGCCACCAAAAGCCCUGUCCGGGCCUCUCAUACCUAAGAGGGCACCAGCACCCAACCAGCACCUCAGGGGACAAGGCUGGACUGCACCAAAUAAUUGGUAGGAAGUGGGGGUCUUCUUGAAAAGUCAAAAAGUCUUUGGGCUUGAAUCCAUUCCAUGGCACUUGGUUACUGACCUGUUCCUUUUCUCCCUGCUAAGUAGUUCUACAAUAUGAAAUCAUAAUUUACCAGUUUUCUCCACUCUCUAGAGUAGGGUGUACUAUUUGGGGUGUGACCCUCAGCAAAGGUAAGUCAGUAGUCCAGGGAUAUUAAAGUUCUCCAUAAAUGUACUGACUCUUACCUGGAAUACCUGGUCUCCAAACAAACCAACAAAAUGCACUUGGCUUUUACAUAAGACAGCAAAAAAUGAUCAGGUGGACCAGAAGAAGUUGUAAUAUCAAGCUCCUUUUGGGCAAAAGGGUGAACAGAAAGAAUAAGUGAAUAGUAGACCUUAGAGAAAGCUAUAUUGCUCGAGUGUCCUCGUUUAGCUUUGGAGUCCAUGAAAACUCACAACUUUAGGGUCUGGCAAAAGGAUUGUUUUGUUGGUCAGCCUUCUAAGAAAGUUUGUGCUCUCUCAAUCAGAUUGAGAAAUUCAUCAUUUCAACAAAUCAGUAACAUAAGCAUAAAUAAGAAGGACUAUUUAAGAAUCACCAGUACAGGCAUCUGGUCAAGGUGGAGGUGGAGGUAAAUGCCAUACUCACAUCCUCCCGUAACCACAUUAAAAUUACAGGACAACCAUCACUCAGAACUACCUAAAAUCUAGCUGAACAGAAGUUUUAUGACUAAAGGUAUAUAGAAGAUGCCACAUCAAGACUGGUAGGAGGUGCAGAGACGCUGAACAGGCUGGUUCCACACCCACAUGUGGCAGGUAAAAAUUGGGAGGGAUAUCUUGACCGGAGUUCCCUCCUGAGGAGCGAGGCAUCUUGGCCCAACACUAGGCUCUCCAGCCCAGAGUUCCAGUGCCAGGAAGAGAAGCCCCCAUAACUUCUGGCUAUAAAAACCAGCAGGGAUUGCAACUGAGUGAGAUGGAAGGGCUUCUGGAGUCCCAGACAGUUCCUCUUAAAGGGCUCGUGCACACACUCGGACUACUCCCUCUGAACUCCAAUGCUGGGGCCCCAGCUCAAAGGGCACCAGGGACAUAUGGGGAGGAAUUGAAUUAUCUGGCAUCAGGGCGAGGUCUGGAGGGGCAGCUUUCUCUCAGACAGAAGUGCUGACAGAGGCCAUUGUUCCUUUGCUGAAUCUUCCCCACACAGCCAGGUAAUGCCAUAUCUGAAUCUCCAUCAACCUGGCUAUCACUGUUUGCCCUGCCCUAGUGAUUCCCUGAAACCCUGCCCCACCCAACUUGCAGACUCACCCAAGCUGUUCCCAGUGGCUAUUCCAUACAAAUGGCCUGUCUUGGCUCAUGCUUCAGACUUUCCUAAAAUCUCUCAGGCAGGCAGCAUCUAGCCUUGGCAUGCCCCAUACCUCUCACUAAGUGGCCCCAGGACUGGCACUAGUGGCAGCUGGCCUUGGUUCACAGCUUGGCCUCUCCUGGGUCCUCCAAGUCCAGCACAAGUAGCAGUCAUCUGCAGAUCAAUUCGUAGCUCAUGCCCAUGCUGGGAGGCCUCAGGCAGAACACAGGCUGCAGCUGACCUUGGUCUGUACCUCCUGGGAGGCCCCAGAACCAUCACACCUAGUGGACUGCUUCACACCAUGUUGAAGCACCACCCUUCACAGGUGACACACUCAAGGGGCAGACUCAGUGCAUACCAGAGCCCUGCUGAAAUAAAUCCUGUUCUGUGGGGUGGGCCCCUGCACAACUGAUCUUCCACCAUGGUCACAGCCAGUUCUUGCAGCUGAUUGGCCUGGGGAUAAAUUCCUCCCUUUGAUGUACUAACAGCAAUCAAGGCUCAACUACAACAGGAGGAUGUAUACACAGCCCAGAGUGGGAUGGCAGGGACCUGAAGUGUCCAGCUUGGGUGAAUAGGGAUGCUGCACCACUGGACCCUACAGAACACCUACUACUUUAGGCCAUUCUACGAAUCCCAAGAGAUGUAGUAGCUCUACCUAAUACAUAGAAACAAACACAGGGAGGCUGCCAAAAUGAGGAGACAAAUAUGUCCCAAAUGA